CUGGGAUUAGCUAACGUUAGCUGGCCCGGCUAACAAGCUAAUAACAACAACAAGGCUGUGGAGCUGUCUGCAAGGAGAUUUCGAGGAACAUGUCUGAGUCCAGCGGCCUGAUCGAAGUGACAGUGAAGACUCUGGACUCCCAGAGCAGGAGCUACACAGUUCGAGGACAGCUGACAGUGAAGCAGUUCAAGGAGCACAUCGCUUCAUCAGUGGAGAUCCCAGUGGACAAGCAGAGGCUCAUCUACCAGGGCAGAGUGCUGCAGGAUGACAGGACGCUUACUGAAUACAAUGUAGAUGGGAAGGUAAUCCACCUGGUGGAGCGUGCCCCACCUCAGGCCAGCAUGUCUGGGUCUGGGUCUGGGGGUGCGGUGUUUUCCACUGGGGGGGCAGAGGGCAGCAGCCAUGCCUCCACCUCCUCCCAGGGUGCACUGCAUGACCGCAACAGCAACAGCUACGUGAUGCUGGGUACCUUCAACCUGCCUGUCAACAUCAUGGACCCUCAGCAGAUACAGAUGUCUGUACAGCAGAUGAUGGCUGGAGUCAGUGAAGCUGGGAGGAAUGCCAGGGUCAGCACCAGCUCCGGGAGCAAUGGCUCGGUGGAUGUGCAGAUCAACUUGGACCAAUCGGUGCAGAGUGAGCCCAGGAUGAGGCUGCAACUAGCCGAGAACCUGCUCAGAGACGCUCGCUCUCUCAUCCACAGGCUGGAGGGAGUGUCCAGUGACAGCAGCUCCCCUUCACAGCAGGAGGUGCCCCAGUCCUCCUCAUACCCACUGCCAUCUUCCUCCUCUGAUGGAGGGCCUGUAGCAUCCCAGCUCAUGGACACGAGCUCUCCUCCUGCUCCAUCGUCCUCCACCUCCACCCAGACUGAGGGACCAGCCAGCACUGGGCCCAAUCACCCAAGCCCAGCAGAGUUUGUGGAGGUUCUGUCUGAGGUCAGGAGGGUUGAGGAGAGGUUACGUCCCUUCAUAGAGAGGACCCACUCAAUCCUUGGAGCAGCCACCUCUGCAGACUACAACAACAACACCCAGGAGAGAGAGGAGGAUCAGCGCAUUCUCAACCUUGUCGGAGAUGCCCUGCGUCUCCUUGGCAACAGCUUAGUUGUCCUGGGUGACCUGCGCUGUAACCUGGCGACCUCUCCCCCACGUCACCUGUAUGUGGUUCAUCCAAUGGCCCACUACACCCACCCGGUCCUGCUCCAGGCCGGGCUACCACACAUGCCCAUUCCAAUGAACUUGGGGACAACAGUGACCAUGACAUCUAACGGUAGAGAGGCAGCCGAAGGACAACGCCAGCCCUCUCACACUGCUGGCCAAUCAGAUCAGCAGGCUCCAGGCCAGGCUCUGCCUCUUCAGUCCAAUGGGACCAAUCAACAACAAGGACAGGGAGGACCCCGAGUCAUCCGAAUCACCCAUCAGACCAUGGAGCCUGUGGUCAUGAUGCAGAUGAACCUUGAUGGUGAGUCAGCUGCUGGGUCUCAGGCUCCAGGACAGCCAAAUGCUGCAGGCACGGGACAGCCUGGCGCACCCCCCAUCCACUUCCCAGGUCUGCCCCCAGAGUUCAUGCAGGCCAUCGUGCACCAGAUCUCCCACCAGGCUGCCGCUAUGGCCACCGCAGCCUCAACAGGCCACCCAGCACAGGUGGGGUCUGUCCCUGGCUCUACACCCAGCACUGAGGGGACUGCUCCCCCACAGCCCCCCCACCCUGCUCAGGCAAGGGUGGUCAUCACCAGACCAUCCUUCUCCCCCCGCAUCCCUCAGCCAGUGGGAACCAGGGGGACCACCAUCAACCUGAGGGCCACAGUACCCACAGCUGCUCAGCAGCCAGGACAGGGCACACCUCUGGCUCCCUCCUCCCUCACACAGAUGAUCAGCGGUCUGGUGGGACAGCUCCUGAUGCCGGGGCAGCAGGGUGAUCCCAUGUCCACGUCCACUUCAACCAGCUCUCAGUCCUCCUUCUCUACCUCCUUCUCGUCUGAUUCGUCCACCACGUCUCCUCCUCCUCCCUCUGCCAACACCUCCGGACAGACCUCCACCCACACCACCAACACUGCCUCCAUAGGCCAGCCGGCAGAGGGCAGUCCUGAGGGAAACCUAGCCCAGCUGCUGGGCUCUCUGCUGGGAGGAGCAGCAGGACCAAGGGGGCCUGGCUCUGGACCAGCUCCCUCCAUCACUGUGACGCUGCCGGGGGUGCCGGGCUUCUUCCAGGGCAUGUCAGACUUCACACAGCCACCUGCCAGUGGUCCCAUUGCCCCAGUCCCCCCUCAGUCCACGGGUCCUGCCCCCCCUCAGGCAGGCAGCAGUGCAGGUGGAGACUCUCUGAGCCCAGAGCUGUUCACUGGCAUUGUGCAGGGAGUGCUGUCCACCAUGAUGAGCUCUCUGGGGUCACAGCAGGGCAAUGGAGAGAGCAUCGCCCAGUUCAUCCAGAGACUGUCCCAGACCAGAAACCUGUUCACUCCUGGCUCUGGAGAUGCUGUGGGGUUCUUUGGUGACCUGCUGUCCCUGGUGUGUCAGAGCUUCUCCAUGGUGGACAUGGUGCUGCUGCUCCAUGGGAACGCCCAGCCUCUGAGCCGCAUCCAGCCCCAGCUCACUGAAUUCUUCACUGAACACUACCUCCAGGGCAGAGAGCCCACUGAAGCUAACAUAGCUACAGCAGCCGAGGACCUCAUUAACGGACUGGAGGACUACAUCGCUGAGAGCUUUGCCACAGUGACAGUGCGUGAGGGAGUGGACAUCGUUCAGACCAACGUGUCUUUCCUCAGACAGCAGUUCACACAGAUGGCCACACAUAUCCUGCACCCCAACGAGCACACAUUUGGCCCCCGUCUGCUGCUGCUGUGCACUCAGGGCCUGUUUGAGUGCCUGGCUCUGAACCUGUACUGCCUCGGAGGAGAACAGAGAUCUCUCACUGCAGUCAUCAACCACCGCAUUAGGAGGAUGUCUGCUGAAGUCAAUCCCAGUCUGGUCAACUGGCUGACCAGUAUGAUGUCUAUGAGGCUGCAUGUCAUUCUGGAACACAACCCAGUUACUGAGGACCAAAUCCAGCACUACAUAAUCUACACACAGGAUCAGCUGAGCCAGAGGACAGAGGCUGAGGGGGAGCAGCCAGCAGAGAGUCUGAAUGUGGAGAUGGAGGAGAGUUUGUCUCCGGCUCCAGCCACCACAGCAGAGGAGGCCAUGGCUUCAUCAGGGGACGGCGGUGAGAGGGAAGCGUCUCAUGGAGAGAACACUGCCUCAUCAGGGGACACUCAGUGCCCUGCUGCUGGGGCCCUGAAAGGACGGGAGGGCGCGGCCCCUGAGGUGGAGCCAUGGGCAGCAGCAGUUCCACCAGAAUGGGUCCCCAUCAUCAGACAUGACAUGCUGUCUCAGAGGAAGAUCAAAGCCCAGCCGCCGCUGUCUGACGCCUACCUGCAUGGUAUGCCUGCCAAGAGGAGAAAGACAACCCAGUGUGAAGGACCACACCUGUCCCUGUCAGACGCAGUGAGCCGAGCUGCUCGAGCUGCAGGAGCUCUGCCUGUCACCACUCCUAACAGCCUGCAGGGGGAGCUGGAGAGGCAGGAGUUGCAGGAAGCAUACACCAAACAGGUAAAGAGUGACAUCAAAGACCGAGUGAGAGACGAUCCAGACUACAACGCCCAGAGAUUCCCCAACACACACCAAGCUUUCUCUAUAGAAGACUCAUAAUCAUCCUCAGCCCUGUGCCACAACCGAUCUGUACACACUACUUGCAGCACAGAACUCUGCUUCAUAUAGUGCCGUAACAUCCCAUAGUAAACAUGACAGCUGCUGACUUCAUUGAAUAAUUGGUCUUUUCCUGCUUCACAGUGUGACAUCAACUGCUGGGGUUAUGGAGACUGUAGACCCUCCAUGGCACAUGCUCUGUCACCUCCUGCUCAAACAUUCCCUUUGGAGAGCUCUGAUGGAAUCAGUUAGUGAAGCUUCAGAGUGCCAAACACUGAAUAUAAGAGCAGAUGAUCUGAUGGCAACAGGUCAGUGCAGAAAGGGACGGGGUCACAGGGAGAGAGGGCCACUUUAACACUUUAAGGGAAGAAAGAAUUGACAAUUGAGAAAAAAGGUGAUACUAUGAGAAUAAAGUUGUGAUAUUAUAAGAAAAGUCAGAAUACUUAUCAUAAAAUUAUGAUAAACGUGAAUUUUACUAAAUAAAGUCAAAGUAGUAUAAGAAGGAAGUCCUACAUAUUAUGAGAAAAUACUAAUUGUCAGUGGUAGGAAACAGUGAUGCUGUCAAAACUCAGUCUUUUGCUAUUUAAAUAGUAGCUGUUACGUUUGUAUAUUGACUGUCUGAAAAUUUAAAAACAUGUUGUAAUCUACCCAAUAUAAUCAAAUGAACAUUGGUGUUCUUUGCAGCCUUUUCUUGAAAUAUUCUCAUAUUAUGACUUUUUCACAAAAAUAUGGCUUUAUCUUAUUUCACAAAUACUUUUUUUCUCCAAGUAUUAUGUGUCUAUCCUCAAAAUGUCUGAUUUUCGAUUCCUAACAGUGGCCCUGAUGCUCUAUCAUACAGAGCACUUCUAUCUUAUGCUACAAAUGGCGUUGCAUUAUAUAUCUGUACAAGGUGAAAGUGUAAAUGAGUGCAAAUUGUAUAUAGUAAAUGGACAUUGAUGUCAUAGAGCUUUGUCAGUGUCAGUCAGGUAAGUAGUGUUGCUUACCUUGGCGUCAGAUUUUUAUUUUUUAGCGUCAUGACUUUAGAUGGUUCCUGUUUGUAUUUAAGGGCAUUAUCUUUCUCACUGACACUGGUGUCUACUUCAGCCAUGUGUAGAGCUGCAGUAGAAUACUGAGCCACGGACUGAUCAGGCCAUGCAGCUGCUGGUAAAAGUGUGUCAUGUCUGUCUGAAGCAGUCAGUAGAGGUGUGUCAAACUGUGAUGGUUACUCUGUGCUUGCUUGCUUAACAUCACUGACAUAAAUUCCCUACUAAAUAAAUGUUUCUAAAUUGCUUUAUUUACACGGAAUCUUAAGUUUAAAGUUACACUUAAGACCAGUGGUACUCAACUUACGGCCCACGGGCCAAAUCUGGCCCCUAAUAUUGUCCUAGGUGGUGGUCCCCCUGACCAUUUUGUAAUUUACAAUAAAAAUGAUGUGAUUCACAGUGGGAAUUGAAUUAUAGAUAAAGUGCCAGAGUGCAAAAAACAGCAUCAAAAUAGAGCUUGUUGAUGAAGAAAAUGUGGAGGAUCCUUUACAACCUAGAAUUCCUUGAAACAUCCUCAAAAUCCUAGAAUGUCCUAAAAACCCUACAAAUGUCCUAAAAUCCUUGAAAAGUCCUAAAAUCG